ACCAUCACACCUCCCUGCUCCCUCUCUUUCUCUCUCACUCUCUCUCUCUUUCUCUGUGCACUCUUUGUGUCUUUAUCACUCUCUCAUUCAUUCAUUCAUUCAUUUAUUCUCUCUUUUUAUUUGAAUCAUGUCCAGUUUUCUGUCUGUUUAUCUGAGUGGAGCCUCACUGAUCCUCCUGCUGACUGCUGUGUCGAAGGCUCAGUACUACGACCUCACGCCGGCUCCAGACUACGACGACUACAACGCCACCUUCGAGUACAGCUUCUACAGUAACACCAGCAGCGAGGACCUGGACAAGUUCAGCGAGCGCUUCAUCGACCAGGAGGAGGAGGAGGAGGAGGACACGGGGGGGCAGCGGCCGGGGGAGGAGGAGGUGGUGACUGUAACCACGGCGACCACCAGAACGACCACAGAGUCGGUCGGAGACGGCCCGUACAGCGACGCAUCACUUCCUGUUUCUGUGGACGUCAGGACGCUCGUCUGGACUCUGAUGAUCCUGAUCGGACUGAACCUGCAGCAGCUCCAACACACACUAUGAGCCUGGACACACACACACCCAGCAGCUGAUGUCGGAUCAGUUCCAUCUUGAAGAAACCUGACGUGAGAUGGGAGGGGCCGCAGCCAUCGCUGUGACCUUUGACCUCAGCAUAGAGGAGGAGCCACUGCUUCCCUCAACGUGGGCUUACAGGCUCAGACCUCGGCCAAUCACAGAGCUUUAUCAGCACCACAGCUCACAGUCACACAACGUAUUCACACAAAACUAAAACCAACAUUAUCACAUUUUAUCACUGUGUUAUUUAAAUGUACGGGACCAAAACAGGACCAGGAUCUUCUCCUUUGUGUCGAAAUUGUAUAAAUAUGGAAGUUUAUCGAUGACAAAACUUUUUUUAGAGCCAAUUAAAAUCUGACUGUUUUGAAGAUAAACAAGCUGAGAUGCAUGAAAACAAAAGACUUUGAUCAAAUAACUGAUUCUUUGAGCUGUCAAUCACAGCAGUUUCUCAGAAAAUUAAGUGUUUUAUCAUUCGUGAAUGUAAAAAUCAAACAGAAAGUGAGUGCAGCUUAUUUAUGGUGUUAAACCUGAGUGACGGUGAAACAACAGCGCCCCCUGCUGUUACAGUGUGAAACACAUGGCUUGGAUCUGUCUGUAAAAACAUUUUUCACACAAUUUUCACUGUGAAUCAAAUAGCAGCACUUUGUUAACAAGCAGCACUAAUGAGAUUUUAUCUGUUAUUGUUCUGAAGUGAAAUAAAACAAGGUUUAAACUUUGAGCGCACAGAAAAUUAUGCAGCAGAUAAAAGUGUUUAAAUCUGUAAUAUGAUGUAUGAAAGAGUGAAAAAAAACACACAAAAGUGACUGAAAAGAAAGUGCUUGAAGUUUUAAAAUGUUCCAGAAAUAAAUUAAAAAAAAACACACAAGUUAAUUAGAGCAAAGAUGUUUGAGAACUUCCAGAACUGAUUUUUUUUAAUGUUUGUUUGUGUUUUGC